AUGGUCCAGAGCAACAAAUUCUCAGCUUGGAUUGAAAUAGAGGGGGUUCCGACUAAAGAAUACAAUGUAGAGAUCGCAGAACACGAAGGUGGAGUCCCGGUCGUUACGUGUUGGAUUGCAUCGGAGGAGGCAAAGACGUUCAGUGUACAUUUUAAGGAUGUAUCCUGCUCUGCUGACACAUGGUGGAGGCUGAGCGCAGAUGGUUUGCCGAUACCAGGACCAAUUCUAGGGCCAAAACGCAAGGGACGUCCGUCUGAAGUGACCGGUACGAUCAAGGAUGUACCCGUAUCUUCAACAGAGACGAGUCCUCUCGUGUUCUCGAAGAUCACCACGACUGACGAUGACGCAUAUAUGCACUCUGCGAUCGACCCUAAAUUUGGGGAAAUCACGCUAUCUGCGUGGUCUACUCGACUGGGGAGAUACCUCAAGGGGGAAUCUAGGACGGAGACAACUUCUGCUGCUCCGCGUUUGGGAGGACCAGUCCAUGAAACGUCUAAGAAAAUAGGAGGCCAUUGCGUUAGCUUCGGAAAGCCUGUCCAGGUUAAACGGACACCGGGCAUCAAAAAUAGCAGGCCCGCGACACACUAUUUGGAGCGUGUCGAGCGUUUGGUCUCUUUCAGUUUCAAAUACCGCCCUCUCGGUACGACUUUGGCUUUGUUGCCCUUUUACUUUACAUCCAUUCGCGGCAAAGCAUUAUUACAGGCAAACGGCAUUGCUCCCCCUCCGCCCACCGUUGAACCUGCCUCAAUGAUCUCCAGACGCAGCCCCGAAUCCGGGGGUCAGAGUACCAACGCCCAUCCUGUUGACACAGAAGAAGUAGAUCUCUUAAGACAACAACUUCAACUCAUUCAGAAGCGGUUGGACGAGAUCGACAAACCUCGAGGUGUGAAACGAGAACCCGAUACGGCCGACCAUAAAGCCAAUAAAAGGAGGAAACGCGUGAAGACGGAGGGUCAAGUUCCGAUUUUCAUACCUGGCGAAGUCAUCGACCUUACUUGA